GCUGCUCCUGGCCGGUCACAGAGCACAGGAGCCCGGCAGCAGCAGCUCGGAGCAGCGGGGGAGACAAACCGAGAGUUACCGGGGAACGGCAGCGGCCUGGAGCGGGACUUUACCGGCUUUCUGCCUCUUUGAUCCGCCGCUCGGAGCUCUCCAAGGGAAUAACGGAGAGUUACCGACAAAGUGGGAGAAGUCCCGUUAUCCACCCGGUAACGGAAGCCUGACAGCCGACAUGAAGAAGAACUCCUCCGGGAAACGGGGCCCGCUGGACUCGGCGCCAUCGCUCGCUCCACCGGAGAAAGUCGGCUGGAUCAGGAAGUUCUGCGGGAAAGGGAUCUUCAGGGAGAUCUGGAAGAACCGGUUUGUGGUUCUGAGAGCGGAUCAGCUGUUCAUCUGCGAAAAAGAGGUGAAGGAGCUGGGCCGGGCCGACCAGGUGUUAGACCUGUCCGAUUAUGAGCGCUGUGAGGAGAUCAGGAAGAACAAGAGCCGCAGCAAAAAGAACCACAGCAAGUUCAGACUGCAGCGCUGCAGCUCGCCGGGAAACAUGGUUCCUAACCUGGUGUUCCUCGCUGUCAGCCCUGAGGAGAAGGAGUCAUGGAUCAACGUCCUGAGCAGCGCCAUCACACGGGCCAAGAACAGAAUCCUGGACGAGGUGACGGUAGAAGACUCUCAGCUGUCUCACCUGACCAGAGACCGGGUCAAGAUCCCCCACAACCGACGCCUACCGACCAGAGGACACCUGCUCGCGGUGGCGUCAACCUCGUCCUCUGACGGGAUGCUGACCCUGGAUCUGAUCCAGGAGGAGGAUUCGGUGCCCCACUGCCGAGCUGACAGCUGCGAUGCCUUCAGGGUCGACUUGGACAAAUCGCUGUCACACCUCAACCCGGACUGUCCCCGCUCAAAAACCGACAGCGCUCUCUCCAAUCGGGCCGCUGAAACCAGCGGGAAAUCCCAAAGCCUCCCCCGGGAGGUGGCGGCAGUUUGGGACAAAACAGGACCCGCCCACACGCCCCAGCCUGGGAAACGUCUGACAGCGGCGGAGAAGAACCGCUGUGCCUCGAUGGACGAGAUCCUGACGCACUCUGAGAACAAAGCUGUGAAAAACAAGAGCCGCUCUUUGGCGUCCUCGCCCAGCGACACGGCAGCGCCCGUCAGCCGUCUGCAGGAUCUGAUCAGUCAGAAACUGGAGCAGACGGAGAGGCUGCUGGCCCAGGUGAGGGGGGAGGGGCAUGGGGAGACAGGAAGUGAAGCAGAGAGACUCCUGAAGGAGGCGGCGGCGGCGUGGAGUCAGGCCCGCGACGUCUUGGAGGAGGUCAAGGAGCUGAGGGCGCUGUACCGACAGCUGGACUCCUCCUCCCCCUCCUCCCCCCUCCUCACCCCCUCCAACAGCAGCAAACUGACACCAGAGAAGAAGAAAUGAGACACGCCACAGCUGCUUCCUGUUUGCUGGACUUAAGAAUAAGAGCUGGACCUGUAAAUUAUUGUGAAAUCAGCAGGAACAGGAAGUCCUUGAAAAACAUUUCCAGGUUUUUAAAUUCCUUGAAAACUAUUUUUGUUGCACAAAAGCGACCAGAAACAGACGGCGACGGAAAAAGUGCCAAGAUGAGGAGGAAGGCCGACAUACUUGAUCCUGUUUUUAUUCUGUUCUGUGUAAAGAUCUGUUUACGAAGAAAUCAGCUGAUUUAGAACAGCUGACGGUACGAAUGAAGGAGAGAAAAGAUGAUGGUACAAGUGUUAUUGUGACCUCCUUCCUGUGUAGAUGGCGCUCUCUGCCCUGGCACCGCCCACAAACCAGAGGUGGAAAAGAACACGACUAUCGUCCUCAAGGACAGUUACUAAAGUUUAGAGAGUAGACACUGAGGAGGUCUGUGUUCGCUACAGAGGCUGGGAUUAAAUCAUAUGUCCUGACCAGAUUUACCACUUUAGGAGUUAAACAGCUCAAACACUGAGGGGUCUAAUUAUUGAAAUUUAUCAUUAAUCAUUUUUGGAUGCUUCAGUUCAGAUGUGAGAUCCAGUCAGAGCUCAUUAAAAUAAUAAAUGUCAUAGGAACGGUCACCGUUAGAUUAACAGAUAUUUCAGUGCAGACAUUCUACGUACUGUAUCUUUAAACAGAAGUUCUCCUGUCUUUGUCACUAGAGGGCGCCGUCUGGGUGAGAACAUAAAUGUGAGUCAGUGGAAGUGCACAGGGUGGAUGUUGUGUUUAGAGAUCAGCUGAUGACGGGGUCCACUCCUCUAGGCUGGCUGCAUACGACCGCCAUCUUUAAUGAUGUCAAACAGGAUGGUCUCAACUGGUUUUAACAUCUACGGUGGCUGGGAUGAGUCAAAUCAUUAACAGAAGAGAUGAAGACUUUCACUGUGGGUUAUCUUAACCAGUGGUUCCUAACCUUUUCAGCCCGCGACCCCCAAAAUAAAAGUGCCAACAACCGGGGACCCCAACUGGACCUGACGGUAGCUGAACAGCCAGGAACAUUCUAGUCAUGUGGAGACAAGAAAGUAAAUGAGUUAAAAGGGGCAAAAAUUUAAAAAGGUUGUAAAAAUAAUCACAAAUAGGUUAACGUGGCAAAAAUGAGCACAA